GUAUGACUUGGUAUCGUGUGUACCGGUUUUCUGGGCGGUUUGACCGGUAUAUGAUCGGGAAAAGCUGGCAAAAACCACGGAACGAUUACAAAUCUCCUUUGGAUCGUACGCUUGUGCAAUAGAGUAAUAGUACAGUGAAAUGCAAGCAAGUCUUCUCCUUUCCGACCAACAAAAGUCCCUCUUCUGUGAUCUCUCUAUCUCUCUCCCUCCCCGGCGAAGGAAAGGUUGUUGGAUUGCGGUGAGUGGGUUCUUCGCCGGUUGAGCCAAGAACCUUGAUCAGAGUCUUGUUUUCUCCUUCUGCCCCCAAUUUCAUCUUUGAAUCAGAUUCAUGGAUUUGAAUGAAGGGAUUGAGCUUCUGAGUUCUUGGAUUGGUCAUGUGAGCUUCUCACGGAGGCUAUAGAGUUCUCAAGCUUGGCCUUUUUUCGUGUUGGAAUAUGAGUGUGAUUAUUGAAAAUCUUGGUCUUCACCUGCUAUGGCGAUUCCUACACAUUGUUGUGAGCUUUUGGUACAUAAUUUCGGGCAUAGUUGAGACAAUUGAGAGCUAUCUCAUAUCAGUAGGGCUAAUAAGAAUGUACCAUUCCAUCAAUGUGGACAAACUCCGGUAUCUAGCAAUUGUAGUCGAAAGUGAAGAAGCUCGCGAAAUUUCAAAGGUUGUUGAGCUUUUGCAGUGGCUGACGGCAAUUGGGGUCAGGCGAGUUUGCCUCUUCGAUUCACAAGGUUUAUUGAAGAAAUCCAAGGGCUUGAUCUUGGGAACCAUUGCAUGUUCGAAACUAUUAGAGGAGAAGGAUUCUUUCACUAACCAAAAGGGUAUCGCUUUAGAGUUCAUUUCAUCUUCUGACAACAAAGAUGCUGUUGCAAAAGCCGCAAGCAUACUUCUUCAGAGAUGUUUGAAAUCUAACCAUUCGGGUAACGGGAAGGGAGAGAACAGUUUCACCGAAGCUCGCUUGAACGAAGCAUUAAAAACCAUCGGCGAUAGCGGGCCCGAACCAGAUCUAAUGCUAGUUUACGGGCCGGUGAGGUGUCACCUCGGUUUUCCUGCUUGGAGAAUGCAGUAUACAGAGAUUGUACAUAUGGGAUCUCUCAAGUCUAUGAAAUAUGGUUCUCUUGUAAAAGCAAUUCACAAGUUCACAAGGGUACGCCAAAACUAUGGGGCAUGAAGCGUAACGUAUCGAGAACACUUCCAGAUGCCGAGCUUUGAAGCUAAUCAUCUGGAGUGGCCGCCGUUGUUGUCGGAGAAAGCUCAGAUGAUUGUGCUUUACUGACACAUUAGUUUACAGAUGUGCUACUAGCUACAAGUGUGUUAACCGGACUAAACCGAUUGAGUUUUUCUUUGAGUUCUGAUCAAUAUAGGAACUCCGAGUAUAUAUCAGAGUUUUCCUGAUCUGUUCCCAUUGCUCGACAUUCUAUCCGACAAGGUGAAAGCUGUCCGGAGAAUGCGGGACCAAAUUCCCUCCGGUCAAGGUGAACCCAAAAAGGGCAUAUUCGGUGUU